UUUUCUGGCAUUUAUCUAGGGUUUGGUGGCCAGAGUUGUAUCGAAAUCUUUGAUUAUUUUUUUAUUGUCAGCAGCCUUAAUCUGGUACGCACGCGUUACCCAUCAUAUCUUGCAUUCAGACAGCAACUGGGAACUUAAAGAGGCACGUUGCGGCUCGUGACGCGACUCUUCUUCCUCAUUUAAUCGAAAACUGGGCGCCGCUCCCAUGCCGCUUAACUCUGGCAUUCAUUUUCAUUGUAUUUUUUUUUUCAAAAGCAAUUUCCCUGAUUUCAAGCAACAUUUUCAAAAUACAGUAUUUAGAGUCAAAUUUCUAUCAGCAUGACAACAUUAAGGUUUAAAGAUGCUUUUUGGGGGGCAGAUUUCAAUGAUCACAUUGGAUAUGAAGUGCUGAUGCAGAGACUCUGCGAGGGUCGGCGUAUGUGCAAGGAUGUGGAAGAGCUCCUCAAACUAAGAGCUCAGGCAGAGGAGAAGUAUGGGAAGGAGCUGGUGACGAUCGCUCGCAAGUGCGGGGGCCAGAUGGAGAUAAGCACGCUGCGAGCUUCCUUUGACCAACUCAAAGCAGAAAUCGAAAACACGGGGAAUUUACACAUCCAGCUGUCGGUGAUGCUGAAGGAAGAAGCGAAGGGGAUAGAGACUUUCCGGGGGCAGCAGAAGGAGAAAAGGAAGAAGUUUGAAGAAAUAAUGGAGAAAAUUCAUAAAAAUAAGGUGAUCUUAUACAAGAAAACCAUGGAGUCCAAAAAGAUCUACGAGCAUCGGUGCCGGGAAGCAGAUGAGGCUGAACAAACCGCAGAGCGGGUGGGCAGCACCUCCAGCGCCACCUCCAGGCAGGCGGAAAAGGUCCACAGCAAGGCCCGACAGUGCAAGGAAGUGGCCUCCGAGGCAGAGAAGCAAUACGUGUCCAACGUCACCCAACUGGAGAAGGUCCGGCAGGAUUGGGAGAGCACACAUGCGAGCACAUGCGAGGUCUUCCAACAGCAGGAGGUGGACCGAAUUAGCUUCCUGAGGAACGCCAUGUGGGUGCACUGCAACCAUUUCUCAAUGCAGUGCGUCAAAGACGACGAGUAUUACGAGGCCGUUAGGAAGACUCUGGAAAAGUGUGAUACCAUCACAGAUAACAACUGCUUCAUUAGGGUGAAAAUGACUGGCUCAAACCCACCAGCCGCCGUUUCUUUUGAGAAUUACUACGAGAGGAAUGGGCCAACCCACAGCAUCAGCACCCCCUACAUGGGAGAAGGGGGAGCAGUGAUGAAGAGGUUUUCUAAUCUUUUGCAAGGCAAUGGCGGGUCAAGGCUGAAUAUCGCUGAAGCUUCACAGUCAGCAGAACCAUGUAGUGCUCAAAAAUCAAGCAUGAUGAAUGCGUCUGUCGCAGCUCUCAACAGAAAGACCGAGUACCAAGUCCUGUUUGAUUAUAGAGCACAGGACCAGGACGAGCUGACGAUUCUGAAAGGGGAGAGAGUGACGGUGCUUGAGAGGGGGGAGGACGGCUGGUGGCAGGUGAAGAGGAACAGCCAGGCCGGCCUCGUCCCGGGGUGCUACCUGACCAAAGCAUGAUGGGAGCCAUGGGAGGGGCUACGUCUUACACGGUCCGACCACCCAGUACCGACGUCAGUCUCUCAUCCCCCAGCUACAAUAACAUAACUUCAGUCUAAUGAAACAACACCUCAUACAUCUUCUGUCCAGCUGUAACGGUUCUCAGUCAGUUGUUCUUAUCGUCUGAUUUAAACUUCAUAACGUUUUUGUCACAAAUAUUAGCUGUGGAAAUAUUAACGACGUCUUGGGUGAAACUUGAAUAGUGAUGCGGAUUUCUUUCCAUGCCAAAAGUGUUUUAUUUAUUUUGUAUAUUGCGGUUGGUGAAUUACUCAUGUCAGGAAAAUUAUCAACUGAAAAUAAAACAAACCAAAGUUCA